AUGUCCACUUGUCUCCUCACCAUCGGAGGGAAAAUGGACAUGUCAUUCGAGAGGUUCUCCCGUCCGAAGUACGACAUGGUAUCAUAUCGACCAAUUCUCAUCAAUACUCUGGCAAGACACUUUACACCUUACCUGUCGGAAUGCAUGAUUCCUAAACAAUGGAAGACCAGCAAGACCGUGUUGUUGUACAAGAAGGAAGAUUCACAUGACAUCCGCAACUAUCCUCCAAUUCGCUUGCCAUUCGUUACCUACAUGCUAUUCAUGGGAGUGAUCUUCACAGGAUUGCGAAAAGUGUUAAAUAAAGGACAACCGUGCAUACAAGCAGGGUUUUUAAAAGGAUUCAACACGACUGGUAACAUUCGCACUGUCUGGAAACUCAUCGAAGUAUCGCAAGAGUACAAGGUGUCGCUAUUUCUCACAUUCAUCGACUUAAAAAAGGCGUUUGACUCAGUUGAGGUGGAAGCGGUGUUGGAGGCCUUGGGCAACCAAGGUGUCCCUACUCAGUACGUAAAAGUGUGCGGUAACUUCAGGAUCAGAAUUUCACCAUUCUACAGAAAUAUCAUCAUUGACGUGAAAAGGAGGGUCCGACAGGAUGGUACAAUCUCACCUAAAAUAUCCACGAACACUUUCAAGAACGCAAUGCUAAAACUGGAAUGGGACGACAUAGGAGUGAAGAUGAUUGAUCUACACUAUCUGCGUUUUGUCGUUCUGGUAACAGCUAGCGUCAGUCAAGCGGAACUAAUGCUGAACGAAUUCGACGAAACAUAUGGAUGCAUUGGUCUUUAG